AGAUGAUGCAAUCAUAUGACUAUGAUUCGGAUGACUCACAAACAACAUCAGAUGAACAUAUUAAUUCAAGACAUUCAUCUCGAUCAGACACAGCCUCAUCAUCAUCUUCAUUCACUCCUCAAAUAAUAUUUAAUCCGAGACCACAUGUCGUAAAAGUAGUGAAAUCAGAAACGGGAUUCGGUUUCAAUGUUAAAGGACAAGUGAGCGAAGGAGGACAAUUGAGAAGUUUAAAUGGACAACUCUAUGCACCAUUACAACAUGUGAGUGCAGUGCUUCGACGGGGUGCAGCUGAUCAGGCGGGUCUUCGGAAGGGUGAUCGGAUAUUGGAAGUGAAUGGGCUGAAUGUGGAAGGAUCAACACAUCGAAAAGUUGUCGAUUUGAUUAAAAAUGGUGGUGAUGAGUUGACGAUGAUUGUGAUUUCUGUGGAAGAUCCUGACAUGGAUCGGUUUGAUUAUGGAGAAGAGAGUUCAAUGGCAUAUGGACAUGAUUACUCGGAGAAUCGAUCUUUACCAGUGACAAUACCAUCAUAUAAUACAGUACAAGAUUCGUUGGAAAGGUAUACGGUGUUCAACAUCCACAUGGCUGGUCGUCAACUUGGUUCGCGUCGAUACUCAGAGUUUGUGGAACUACACUUGGCACUGAAGAAACAUUUUUACGACUAUUGUUUCCCUCAGUUGCCUGGUAAAUGGCCAUUCAAACUAUCGGAACAACAGCUGGAUUCACGAAGAAGAGGAUUGGAACAAUAUCUCGAAAAGAUUUGCACAAUUCGAGUGAUCGCUGAGUCGGAAUUGGUACAAAAGUUUUUAAUGGAGUGUGAUCCAAUGUGUGAAGUGGAAAUUCGUUUGAUGCUUCCUGAUGGAUCUCCAAUUACAAUCCGGACAAGAAGAAGUAUUACAUCAUCAUUGUUCUUCACAUCAGCACAAAGAAGACUGAAAAUGAGUAGAGAAGGAGCAGCAGCUUGUUCUAUUUUUGAGCUUUUGGAUAACUCUUUUGAACGAAAAGUGAGUGAAAGUGAAAGUGUCCAUGAGCUGUACACACAUAAUUAUUCAUCUGCAUCAUCCUCUUGCCUCCUUCUCCGAAAAUUCAUCUUCGAUAUUGAUCGAGAACGAGCACUGUGCAAACGAGACAUGGUCUUCAAACAAUUCUGUUUUGUGCAAGCAAUUGCGGAUUUACACAGCGGAAAAGUGGUGACAUCAAGGAAAAGCUAUCAGUUGAGAGCAAUACAAAAUGAGGAGAAUAUGGAUGAGUUGUUGGAGAUGGCACGGGAACUUGAAGGUUACAAUCAGGUCACUUUUCCGCCAAGUGUGUGUAUUUUGAGGAAACGAAGACAAACUGUCAUUAUGGUUGUGAGGUUUGCAAAUCUGUUGCUCAAGUGUCCAGAAGAUGGAAACUCGAUGGAAAUCGAUUGGAGUCGAAUCAAAGACUUUCGAGUUUGUGAUGAAGCCACCGCAUUCUCAUUUGAGUACAUUAGAGAUGAAGUUGGAGAUAGUGAGCAAGAGCAAACGGAGCCACGGAAAACAAAAUAUGUUCGAUUGGAAACUGGAUUUGCUGAGUACAUGGCAGAAUGCUUUGCGGAAAUUCAAUUCGAACGGCAAGCUGGAUCUGAUUGGAAAAGAGAUCAAAAUCGUGUUGCUGCAACUCCAGAACCACUUCCAGAAACUAUAGAACCACAACCAACUACUCAUAAAAUUCAAUUCGAAAAACGCAUUCUGGAACAACAUCGAGAUUGUAUUGACUAAUCUUUUAUAAAUUUCUAGUAACAAUUAUUAACUGCCUAGAUAAAUUCAGUUAUUUAAUUAUUUCCAUCCCUUCUCAAAAAAAACAAAUUCGUGUCCAUUCAAAACUAGGUACUUUUUCUUGAAAUUCUCAUAUUUAUGUAAAUAUUUUUUCUGUUCUUUGUUGCCAAUCAAAAAACACUUUGUAAAAAACAAAAUGAGCCUUUAUUGAAACUGAUAAAAUUGGGUUUAAUUAAUAAAUUUGUAC